UCUCUUGGUUUUUUCAACUGGGCUAAGUAAAGUGUGUAGAAAAUGAAAUGCUGCAUUCCUGAAAUUUCGUGGCACAACCGUGAUCCAGUAUUAAGCAUUGAUUUGCAGCCACAAUCCAACGAUGGCUUCGUCAGACUUGCUACAGGAGGAACUGAUUCUCACGUUCUGAUGUGGAAUGUAACAAUUGGAGAAAAUGGAGUAGGAACUGUGGAAUUCCUGUCAGAUUUAGCCAGACAUCAGAGAGCUGUCAACACAGUCAGAUUCUCACCGAAUGGUGAAAUUUUAGCAUCUGGGGAUGAUGAGGCUGUCAUUAUACUUUGGAUGUUGAAGCCCAAAUCAGACAUACCUGAUCUGUUUUCCAAUAAAGAUACAGAAGCAGAGAAUCAAGAAAACUGGACAGUACUAAAAAUACUUAGAGGGCAUAUGGAGGAUGUGUAUGACAUUUGUUGGUCACCAGAUAGCUGUCAGCUGUUAUCAGGCUCAGUCGACAACACAGCCAUUUUGUGGGAUGUCAGCAAAGGAAAGUCAAUCCAUCUAUUCUCCGAACACAAAGGAUUUGUUCAAGGUGUUGCAUGGGAUCCAAAGAAUCAAUUCAUUGCAACAUUAAGCAGUGACAGGAACUGCAGAAUUUAUUCACUUAAAACAAAAAAAGUUGUGCAGAAACUAUACCAGGCUCAACUGAAAAUGGGGGAUGGUGAGGAAAAGCCCUAUAAACUCUUUCACGACGACACUCUCAAGACAUUCUGUCGCAGAUUAAAUUUCUCGCCAGACGGUUUAAUUCUUUUCACACCGUGUGGUCUCCUAGAGCUGAACGAAGGGACUGACGCCAAUGAAGAGAGUGAAGCAAGAAGAAAAGAGAAAAAGAUAAACGCGACUUACGCCUUUGCCCGCAACAACAAUUUCUCGAAACCAGUUGCAUAUUACCCCUCAGCUGACCGCUAUUCGGUUGCUGUCCGCUGUUGCCCAAUUUUGUACGAAUUGCGACCUGGGCAACCAUCCCUAUACGGCAUUCCCUACCGAAUGGUUUUCGCCGUUGCAACACAAAACGCCAUUCUCCUCUAUGAUACCCAGCAGGUUACACCUUUCGCAAGAAUUGCCCGUAUACAUUAUACUCGACUUACAGAUAUUGCCUGGUCUAACAAUGGACGCAUCAUAGUAAUAUCAUCUACGGAUGGCUACUGCUCGAUUGUAACGUUUACUGAAAAAGAACUUGGCACGCCAUAUGAACCUGCCAAAUGCACAGAAGAAGCUGUCUCGCCCAGUUUACCAUCGAGUUUCCAGACUCUACUGCAGGGCGAGAUAUUCCAAGAAAAUGUUCAGCCUUCGAACAAUGCCGAUGAUGAAGAUUUCCACUUGGCUUAUGAAGACACCGAAAUGACCCUGGACACUCCUGCUCCAUGUCCUCCAACUAACAAGUCAAACCUUGGAUGCCCGGCCGCACUCAAAAGUCCUAACAAUGCAAAUAUUCGCAGUAGCCCGAGGCGUGUUCAAUUAAUAACCCUAACCAGUCCCAAGAAAACCAAGAAUUAGCGCUAUUCUAGAUAUUCUUUUAUUUUCUUUGUUUAUUUGUACGAAAAUGAACGAAUAAUGCGAAGCAAUCCCAUUGUCAUCUCUUAAUUUUGAGUCUUAUGUUUUUGAUCACGGUCGAAUAUAACUUACAUGAAAAAAGUGGUCAAUAACUAAAGCGAAAUCUGUAUGAUAUGUAAGAUUAAUUCCCAUACCGACAAAAACACAUUGAGACCCUACGACGAUCAGACAAAAAA